GGCUGCAACCAGUGCCCUCUGUGAGCUGGGCGCGUGGGUGGCCGCUCAGGAGACAUUCCAGUGCCACCCAGCUGUGUAGCAUCACACUCACCGCUAGGUUUGUGUUUCUGCUGGCGGUGCACAUUCACACAUCCCUCGGUGCACAUCGCAACAUUUAUUCCACACAUGUCUGGAAAGGAUUAGCGGGCGCGUGGGCUGUGAUGGAGGCAGCAGCUGCAGUUGCUCCGACAGCACACACGUGUUAUAUCCCGUUUUGGGUGACCGGCUUCCUUCCUGCAGUCGGACUGGCUCGGUUAUCCAGGGUUGCUCCAGCUAGCAAGGCCUGCAGCAGGAGCUGGGGGGAAGCGCACCAGGGCGGCGGAUUUCCUCUCCAUUGUGCGGCCGGGCCAGCCCUUUGUGUUUGGAUUCCCCAGGAUGGAGCUGCAGGGCCGGCAGGGGUUCCCACGCCCUGGGCUGGGUGGGCAGGUCCUGGGCCGUGGGGCUGGGCUGGAAGAUUAGGCUGGAGAGAGCCAGGAAAGUGACGGCGUCACAAGGCCCCUGUGUUGCGGCUUACCACGGGGUUCAGGGCGGGGACUGUGAUGCAGGAUCAGCCCAUGCGCCCGUCGCGCCUGGAAUUCCACCAACCCCCUGCCCUCGCCCCGGGUCAGAGCAAUGGGCCCAUCCAAGCCAGCAUCCUGCCACCCUGCCCAGUUGCCCAACUGGCUCUGCACCUCCUCUCUCAUUGUGGGCGGAAUGAUGCGACUUUCGGUGCUCCGGCUUUGUCAUCACAGGCUCCUGCGGGUGGGGUCAGGCUAAGUUAGGACACUGUCCGGAGCAGUGGAUCUUGCUUUUCCACAGUAACAUACAUGCACAACAAGCAGAGACGAGCCAAAGGCAGGCUCCGGGCUCAGAACCUGGGCGGGUGGAUGGGGGGAGAGAGAAAUUGUGCUGCAUUGGAUACAUUGGAAACCUGAGGCAGGACGGCUGGGAGGAAAAAGGAGAACAGGGUGGGCUUGUGGGGUCAGUGCUGCCCUGGGAAUUCUCAUAAAUCCUUUGAGUGAGUCACUUCAUCCCUCUGACCCUCAGUGCUCCGAUUGUAAAAUGAGGAUCAAGAGCUUUCUUUGUCUUGUCUGUUUAGAUUGUCAGAUCUCCAGGGGAAGAACCGUCUCUUCCCACGUGUUUAUGCAAUUCCUGGAGCAGUAGGAUCCUGGUCUUUGUUAGGGGCAUGAGGUGGGACUGUGGCCUGAGCGGAGUGACCAUGGAUUCGGCCAAGGAGAAGCUCAGGAAGGAGCUGGAGGAGGAGCUGAAGCUCAGCACGGAUGAGCUGCGGAGCCACGCGUGGUACCACGGCUGCCUGCCACGGGAGGAGGCGGAGUCCCUGCUGGCGGAGGACGGGGAUUUCCUGAUCCGGGACUCAGGCUCCAGCCGGGGGGACUACGUGCUGUCCUGCCGGUGGCGGGGCGAGACCCUGCACUUCAAGAUCAUCCGGGUGGUGCUGCGCCCCCGCCUGGGCUACUCCCGCACCCUCUUCCAGUUUGAGCAGGACCAGUUUGACAACGUGCCGGCCCUGGUGCGCUUCUACGUGGGCAACCGCAAGCCCGUCUCGGAGACCUCGGGCGCUGUGGUCUCCCAGCCCGUCAACAGGGCCGUGCCGCUGCGCUGGCUGCAGGAGCACUAUGGGGCCAGCCACCAGCCCCAGCUGGACGGGCAGGAACCGGCCAAGGGGGAUGCAGCUCCUGCCCGCAGACUCAGCCUCCGCGGACUCACCGUUGGGGAAGCGUCGCCCGAGGGGAACCUGCUCCGGACGAAAGACCGGAGCGGGAGCCACCCCACCGGGCUGGAUCAGCUGGGCCGGCGCCCCUCGCUCUACACGGCGCAGUCUGACGGUAACCUGCCCACAGGCAGCCCGGAGGCUCCCGCUGGCACGCAGGAGCGGGGCGAGCUUCCGCCCCUCUCGCCCGUCUUCCGCACUGGCAGCGACCCCGUGCUGCGGCCCACGGCCCCCCGGUGCCUGGAGCCAGAGGGGGGCGUGGCCCUGAGCGGCUCGGAGGGGCAGCUGCACUCCAAGGCUCCCCCCAAGCCCCUGCGGGCCCCCUCCUUGCUGCUGGGCGACGCCUCCCCGGAGCAGCUCAGCACCUACUGCGAGCUGGUGCCCAAAGCCCCGGCCGGCCGGCGGAGUCACGUGGCGCGGCUGCACACCGACGAGAAGUGGCGGGGCUGGGCCCGGGCCACGGACACGGCCUUCGGCUUCCUCGAGGACGAGGCGGUGCCGCUCCCCCAGCUGCGCCGCCGCGAGGAGGAGGAGCGGGGGGGCUUUGUGCGCCCCCUGCUGGAGACAGCCUCCUCCUUCCAGCCCCACAGCUUCCACUCCCUCCUCCUGCCCCCCGACAACAAGCCUCUGGAGCCCAGUGCCCUCAAACGGCUCAAGGAGAUCUUCGGCCAGCAGGACUGCCGGACCAUGGCCCUGCACGUCCUCUACAUGGACUGCCUGGUUGGCAGGAUCACCGGGGUGUCCCGGGAGCAGCAGCGAGCCAUGGGAGUGAGCUCAGGUCUGGAGCUGAUCACGUUGCCUCACGGGCACCAGCUGCGCCUGGACCUGUUGGAAAGACACCACCUCAUUGCUCUGGGCAUCGCAGUGGACAUCCUGGCCGCCACCCUGCAUAAGAUCAUCCAGCUGGCCAUGGAGCUGAAGGGCUCAGCCGGGGACCUGUUUGCGCUGUCGGCUGUGAUGAAGAGCCUGCAGCUGCCCCAGAUCACGCGGCUGGAUGAGACGUGGCGGAAGCUGCGGCAGAGCCACACCGAGAGCGCCAUCGCCUUCGAGAAGGACCUCAAGCCCUUCAUGAAACGCCUCAACCGGGGGGAAGGAGAGCGGAGGGCAGCAGCGCCCGGGGGCAAGGCCCAGGCGGGAUACCCAUUCGGGUACCGACCCCUGCUCAAGGCAUCUGUCUGCCCCUCCUCCCCCAUCGCCACCAGCGCCGGAGCCUACAAAGCCACCGCCGAGGCUAAGCUCCAAGGCUUCCGAGCCACGCCGGAGCUCCUCGAAGCGUUCCAAACGGAGUUCGCGCUCCGCUUAUUCUGGGGCAGCAAAGCAGCGGCCGGGGCCCAGGCGGGGCGCUACAAGAAAUUCGACACCAUCCUGACGGUGCUGUCCCAGAAACUCGAACCAGCCCGCAAACCAGAG